CUACAGUAGAGAUGCGGUCAAAAUGAAGAUACUUUGUGUUUUACUUUUGUGUCUUGUCUACGUUCAGUAUUCUUCCGCUAGAUAUGCCCCUAGAGCUCAUUGUACAUUCAGAGAGUACUACACUACCUGUGAACCAUGUAAAGAACCAGUGUGUGGACAAACUACACCGAUCGAGAACUGCUCCAAAUGUAACGAAGGAUGCUUCUGCAACCCGCAGUUUGGUUACGCCCGACAGUCUCCGGACGGUCCUUGCGUUUCGUGCCCAACGACGGAAUGAAACGGAAUAAAACAGAAUGCUGGAAUCAAAUUUUGCGGUCAUGAAAGAUAGCUGUCAGCGAAAUGAAAAGUGAAAAUGA